AUGUUUCGUCGUGCCCGUUCGUUGAGCCGCCAUCGUGGUACAACACCAGGGCGUGAAACGACUCCGUCUAUCUAUGAUUAUGGAGCUGGUGAUGACAGUAUAGGUGGAGGUGGUUAUUCAACACAUCUCAACGUCUAUGGACCUAAUUUACAUGGAUCAACAUCUCGUUCAGUUCGAGCUGCUUCCGUAGCUCGAUCUAAAGAUAUCGAUGAUGAAAUCAUUCUUGGUGGUGGUGCUUAUGAUCGAUACCAUCGAGCACAAUCAGUUAGUCGUUUAGAUCCUUUAAAAACACGACGACCUUAUUCUGCUUAUGGUACACACGAUUUUGAUUAUUAUGAUCGUUAUACUGAACGCAUCCGAGAUAAAACACCGAUUUCUCUCGAUAGUCAUUAUACACGUUACAGGCCUCUUUAUUGGUAUCAUACAGCACCACGUACCUCUUAUUACGAUUCUUCACAUGAUGAUCGACGUUCUCGACCACUUCAUAGUCAUCGUCGUUCUUCUUCAGCUUAUCCAUUAAUACGCGAUGAGUCAUCAUAUAAUUAUCGUUUUAAUGAUUCAAUUGAUCGUGUAACAUCAUUAAAACGUGCAAUGCGUGAUCUUGAUUAUACACGUGAAUUACGACAACUACGUUAUUC